AUGGAUUACAGUGAUGCGAAACCAACCGAUGGGGUCUAUAAGAAAUGUUCUAACUUUCAACAAGAAAGUUCUACCAGUAAUUCCUCGGAGCAGUUCAGUAAAAAUUACUCAAAGUGCCAUUUUACAGUAGAGUGUGACACUAACUCCACCAAACCCGGCCUGGCUCUUAUUAUCUACAACUGUUUUGAUUCUCAUACUGAAAUAGCUCCACGAAUAAAUUCUCAAAGAGAUGCGGAAGACCUGAAAGAAGCUCUGACGUUUUUAAACUUUAAAAUUAUUUUCCGUAAGGAUCGAAGUGUAACAGAGAUGAAAGAUCUAAUAAGCAGUCUGUCGGAGCAUAGUAAUGAUUAUAGCUGUUUUGUAUGCGCAAUAUUAACUUAUAGCAAAGACGAUGACUACAUAUACGGCACGGAUAAUUUCGUUAGUUUUGAUUCUCUGUUGAAAGUACUAAUUAAAAAAGAAAAUUCGACUCUCGCUGCAAAACCAAAAUUCUUCAUCGUUGAUACUAGUCCUGUUGUAAAAGUUAACGUCCAACAUGAUGGAUUAUUCGGGUUUUUUAAAAAAUCGAUUAAUUAUACGACGAUUCCGUUAUGGGCAAAUCUGUUGACUGUUUCUUCCGGGUUUUGUUCGGAGUCUCGUACAAAGGACAGAUCUUGUUUUAUUCAAACGCUCUGUUCAGUAUUGAAAGAAUAUGGUCUAAAACUUGAACUACAUCAACUUAUGACUCAACUCAAUGUCCGGCUUAACGACAUACAUAAUCAGAAUAACCAUUCUGGACAUCUCGCCUCUGUAAGUUCGACUAUGACCAAAGAAUUACGUUUCAAAGCGCAUAGAGAAGAAAUAAAGCAGUAA